AGAAAGCUAUACAUGUGCACGAAAUAUAUAUAUUUUAAAAAAGAAGCAAUAAAAUCGCACAAUUUCAAAUAUGACAAUUCUCAGUAUAGCGGAACGCUAAUACAGCAUAUCUAGUGGUUGGCUCUUUAUUGCAAUUCGGAUAAAUUUAUAAUCUUUUUGAAUCAAAUUUAUUUAGUUCAAAUGUUCAAUUUCUUCUUGGAACACAACAUUUCAUUGAAUUGCACUUGUUCAUAUAUUGAAAAAAAAAAAAUAAAAUAAAAUUAACAGAACGUGACGGAUGAUGACACGCGUUCAAAGUUAAUUUGUCUUCAACUCAACUAAAUACAUAAUAAAGCGUGAAAUUACUUUGAAAAUUGUACCUUGAAGCAUAGUGGAGAUCAAAAGGUUAUAAUUUACUUGAAAGCGGUUAGCAGCAAUUAAACAUUGCAAUCAGAUAAAAGGCAGCCAGAUAGAUCAUUAAGGAAACUAAAAAUAAAAACGAAACAAUUAGGCAAAAAUAUUAAGCCGUCAUAAUGGAAACGCGAGAUAUUAGCUGCGGUUAUUCAUACGACAGUUGCAAUUCACAAAGCGGUAGCUCGCUGGCUUACAGUAACGAUGUUAUCGCCGGUGGCAGCACUUUGGUGGAACAAUCAGAUAACUUGAAUAAUUCGAGUAAUAUUUUGAAGUCUUUGCUUAACUGGCCGCCAGUUAAUUUAGAAUUUCACAAUUUAACAUAUGAAGUACCAGAUGUCGAUAAAGAAAAGAAAAGGAUCUUACACAGUGUUAGUGGAGAAUUUAGACCGGGCGAAUUAACCGCAAUUAUGGGUCCUUCGGGUGCCGGUAAAACAACACUGCUCAAUAUUUUAGCUAGCUUUGGAGCAAAACAAUUGUCGGGCGAAAUACGGAUCAAUGAAAAUCUUCGCGAUGUGAAAACGUUUCGCAAAAUGUCCCGUUAUAUUAUGCAAAACGAUACAAUUGAUCCUCAUUUUACGGUAUUAGAGUCCAUGAUGCUUGCGGCCGGUCUUAAAUUGGGUACAACUUUACCGCAACAACAAAGAAUGCAAAUUAUUAAUGAAAUUUUAACAAUGCUUCGUUUGCAAAAGGCUGCCAAUACAAAAGGUCUCCGAUUAUCAGGCGGAGAACGUAAACGCCUCUGUAUUGCCAUGGAAUUGGUUAACAAUCCCCCCAUUAUAUUUCUCGAUGAACCGACUACAGGUUUAGACGAUAUUUCCAGUUCACAGUGUGUAACAUUAUUGCGGCGUAUAGCUCAUGCCGGUCGCACUGUUAUCUGUUCCAUACAUACUCCUCCAGCGAAAUUAUUUGAAAUGUUCGAUAAGGUGUAUAUAAUGGCGGAAGGUGAAUGUAUUUAUCAAGGCUCGGUACCCAACAUUGUUCCAUAUCUAGCGCAUAUUGGACUGACGUGCCCCUUAACUUAUAAUCCCGCUGAUUUCAUUAUUGAAACAGCCUGCCAUGAAUAUGGAGACUAUCACAGUUCUAUGGUUGAUGCUGUAGAAAAUGGUAAAAUUUAUCGUUGGCUGCCUAAAAGUGAAUCAGAUAAUCUAAAUUCAACAAGACGUAAUAAAUCGGAGACAACGUCGGGAGUUUCAUCGUUUGAUGAAAUUGAAAAAUUCGAAAUGGAAAUCGAUAAAAAGCUGCUGCGACCACAAUCUACUUGGUGGCAACAGUACAGAUUGUUGUUGAUGCGUAUGUUGACUAGAAUGUGGAGGGAUAAGUUUUAUUUUAAAAUGAAAUUUUCAGUGAAAUUCGUAAUGUCUUUGUUGGUUGGUGCCAUGUACACGGGUGUUGGAAACGACGCUACCAAAGCUUUAUUCAAUUUCGGUUUUGCAUUUACUAUAAUUAUAGCUUAUCUGUAUAUGCCAAUGAUGCCCAUACUCUUAGAAUUUCCUUCUGAAAUCCGAUUAUUAAAAAGAGAAUAUUUCAAUCAAUGGUAUCGUUUAAGUUCAUACUUUGUAGCUUUGGUAACUUCCAAACUGCCGAGCAUGUUAAUAAUGGCUCUAAUGUAUAUAACCAUAGUGUACUUAAUGUCAAAUCAACCAUUAGAGUUAUAUCGCUUCGUGAUGGUAUAUCUAGUGGCCAUUUUAACGGGUCAAAUAUCCGAAAGCUUGGGCUUAUUAUUAUCUUCGCGCCUAAAUUUAGUGAAUUCAAUGUUUAUGGGCCCCGUGACGGCUGUACCAUUAAUUUUACUCUCCACGUUCGGCAUGGGUUAUGGUAAAGGUACUUACAUUUCACCCUUUAUGCGUUUCAUCAUGAAUUGCAGCUACCUGCGUCAUAGUAUGGAGGGCAUCAUGGAAGCUUUGUAUGGAUACAACCGUUCAGAUACUAUUUGUCCGCCUACCGAAAUCUUUUGCAUGUUCAAGAGCGCAAAGUUUCUACGUGUGAUUUUAGGCUUUGAAAAUCUCAACUAUACAUUUUCGAUUGUAUGCUUGGGUAUUUUCUACAUUAUUUUCACGGUAUUAGCCUUUGCUUUAAUAAAGCAUCGCUUGUCCACGUCAGGAACUACUCAUCCUUUUAUUCAAAAAAUUAAUAAAUAUUUAAUUAAGUAUUUUAAUUUUAGUACUUAUAAAUAA